AUGGAUUAUAGCGAAUACACAUUUGAAAAUUCUUCUGUGAAUAAUGAUUCACAAACGGUUGUGAAUGAUGAUGAUACACGUUCAGAAGCUCUUUCUGGCUAUCAAACAGAUGAAUCUCUGGUAACUGAAUACGCCUCUGCAUUUGAAGAGGAUGAUGAUGAAGCGGAUCUUAUACAAGAGGAGUGCUGGGAAGUUGAAUUGUACGACAACAAUUGCGAUUCUUUUGAUGAUUUUAUUGAUCGUGGUCUAGAUGAAGUUAUAAACGAAACCCCAAUGCAAGCGAUUAGAUAUUCUGCUUUUGAAUAUGGGCAAGGAAAUAAUGGUUUGUUUUCUACUCAAUACCGUUUCGAGUUUGAUAAGCCAUCAUUUACUAAACCUCAAUUUUCCGAGCAUGAGGCUUCAAUUAAAGAAUAUUUUAUGGGAUAUUUGGCGCAUAGACUUUUAGUCUCUACUCUUGACCGUCGAGAACUUGAUGAUCGAGAUCAUUUUGGAAAAAAACGCCUUGAUAUGGCUGUGUUAAAUGAUAUGGCUGCUUAUUUUAGAAAGUGUAUUUCUAGUGAAUGCGAAUUCAAAUUACCUUUCGCGUUAAGAUCACAUAUAAUUAUCAAUGGAUUUAGAUACUCAAUUGGUACCGGUAAUUGGGGAGAUGCCAAUAGGGCAAUGCAGGCAAAUUCACUUAUGUGUCAACUAUAUCACAUCUUCGAAGAUGUAAUGCUCCAAUCGGACGCGCAACUUCAUAAUACACAUUGGGGUUACAUACGCCCUGCUGAAACUCCUGAGGGACAAGCCUGCGGUCUAAUGAAAAGUCUAGCGCUAAUGUCAUACGUCUCAAUAAAUUCUCUUCCGGCUGACAUUGGCAUUGUUAAUAAUAUACUUGUGAAUGAAGUAAGAUUCUACAAGAAUCAGGAAGAAUGUGUAGUUCCACUAUUUGUCGUCGAUCUGCAUUUAGUUUGGACUUCAGAUACUUUAUCAAAAUUAAAACUGGAGAUAGCACAGGAGGCAAACCAAAGUUUAUGGGAGGCAUUAGUAUUAGAACGUUACAUCGAAUAUAUUGAUGCUGAAGAGGGAGAAUCUACCAUGAUAUGUAUCUCUCCGGAUGAAUUAUACGAGUCGAGUUUGUAUAAUUUACGUAAACUUGGCAAGUCUCCUCGAAAUACCUAUCAAUCCGCUAUGAAAGCCUCUGUUACCACAAAAGUUAUGGAAUACUUUCAAUGUUAUCGUAGCUAUUAUGUGUUAUGGAGGAAGCUUUACUUAUCGACGUUACUUGAUCAAGAAAAAGGUGGUACCCUUGGAUUGGAACGUGGAAAUUGUGAGAAACUUGUUGACGAAGGGUUCGUACCUUUUGGGAUUCGAGUUUGUGGCAAUGAUACUCUCAUAGGAAAUGUGUCCACACUUUCACCUGAAGAUGAACUUCUUGGCCAACGAAAUGUAUAUCGAGAUGUUUCUACAUCAUUAAGAUCUACUGAACAUGGAAUCGUUGAUCAAAUAAAUUCGCAAGUCGUCAUGGUCAUAAAGGAACCAUUGGAAUCAAUUAUCGUCAAGAGGAGAUGCCGACAUUUAAUUGAAUGUUUAAUGAGAAAGCUUUCGGUGUUUUCGGGUAGUGAUGGUGAUACUACAGCUUUUUCUGAAGUUACCGUAGAAUCCAUUUCGCGAAAACUUGGUUCUUUUGGAUUCCACCGUCGUGGAUUGGAAAUUAUGUAUAAUGAUAAAAUUCAUUCACGCGGAAGGGGUCCAGUUAAUAUAUUAACUAGACAACCAGUUGAGGGACGUAGUCGUGAAGGAGGAUUAAGAUUUGGUGAAAUGGAACGAGAUUUUAUGAUUACUCACGGAACAGCCUUAUUUUUGGAGGAACGACUUAAUGAUGUCGCAGAUGCUUAUAGAAUUCAUGUGCGUGAUAUUUGUGGACUGAUGUGUAUGUAA